AGCAAGAUUAAGUGAUGGGUAGUCUCCACCCCCGCAUUACGCCGCCGUGGAACCACUGCGCCCGGCGGCUUCACAACCCAGAGCUACAACGACCCUUAUGCCAGUUCCCAGCCGCAAGUUUAAGCAAGCAAGGCCAGCGGUUCCUCACUUCUCUGGCGGUCUCACGAGACUCCAAAACGGCCAACCAUUUGAUAAGCAAAUUUGUCGCAACGUCUCCUCGGUUUAUAGCUCUCAACGCCCUCUCUCACCUCCUCUCUCCUCACUCUACCCAUCCCCGCCACCUCUCUUCUCUGGCUUUACCUUUGUACUUGAGAAUAACUGAAGAGCCAUGGUUUAAGUGGAAUCCGAAGCUAGUCGCUGAGCUCAUGGCGUCGCUAGUUAAACAGGGAAAGCAUGAAGAGACUGAGGCUUUAAUGUCUGAAACCGUUGCAAAGUUGGAGUUUCGAGAGCGAGAACUGGUUGUUUUUUAUGGGAAUUUGAUCGAUUCUUACUGUAAACAUGAUUUGAAAGGUGGGUUUGAUGAAAUUUGUGGUCGUUUGGAUGGGCUUUUAAGGGAUACUUCCUCUGUUUAUGUAAAGCGCCAUGGUUAUAAGUCGAUGGUUAGUGGUUUAUGUGAAAUGGGUAAGCCCCGUGCAGCUGAGAAUCGGGUUGGAGAGAUGAGAGUAGGAGGACUCGAGCCAACCGGGUUUGAGUUUAGGUGUCUUGUUUAUGGGUAUGGGAGAUUAGGGUUGUUUGAGGAAAUGGAUAGAAGUUUAAAGCAAAUGGAGAGUGAAGGGUUUGAAGUUGAUACAGUUUCUUCGAAUAUGAUUCUUUCUUCUUAUGGAGCUCACAAUGAGCUUUCGAGAAUGGUUUUAUGGCUAAAGAAGAUGAAGGAUUUGAGCAUUCCGUUCUCAAUAAGAACUUACAAUUCUGUGUUGAAUGCAUGUUCCACAAUCAUGUCACUUCUGCAAGACUUCAAUGAAUUCCCAGUUUCAAUAGCAGAGUUGAUGGGGGCUUUGAACGGGGAUGAGGUGUUGUUGGUUAAAGAGUUGGUUGCAUCAUCUGUUUUGAAUGAGGUGAUGGAAUGGAAUUCGAGAGAACUAAAGCUGGAUUUGCAUGGGAUGCACUUGGGUUCAGCCUACUUGAUAAUGUUGCAGUGGAUGGAGGAGAUGAGAUUCAGGUUUACUGAUGCAGAUUAUGCCAUUCCGGCAGAGGUGACUCUGGUUUGUGGAUCAGGGAAGCAUAGCAGUGUUAGAGGGGUAUCCCCAGUGAAAGCUAUGGUUAAAAAGAUGGUAAUCCGAACAAAUUUUCCACUGAGAAUUGAUAGGAAUAAUAUUGGUUGUUUUGUUGGCAAAGGGCAUGUUGUUAAAAACUGGUUAUGUUGAUCAAGAAAUAAUAUUGCUGUUAAGAA